UGAACGUUCACAGGCAGCAGAAUGGCCUUGCAUUGUGGAUUUCACCGACCGAGCUUUCUGGAUUAACGAAGUGAUUCCGAGCACUCGUGCAUUGUGCUGAUUGUGCGUGAUAACAGGCUGAUGCUAAACAAGAUGUAUAUUUAUACAUUUUUCUCGAGCCCGAUGGAUUUGUGAACGGUGUUAACGGUGCCGAUUCUUCCGACCCUCCUCCCCAAAAAAAUUUCAGCAUCGUUCGGUACUUGAAUUGAGGAAGCGAAUCGAUCGCAUAAAAUCCUGUUUUUUCCAUGAGGAGUCUUGCGAUAACAAUAUUGCUGGGGUCAAGAUAACCGUUGAUAAAAACUACAUGCACGCAUGAAUCACGAGACGAUGGAACAAAGGUGUGACUGAAUUGUAAUCCACAGCGACUGUUGAAGUCUCCAAUACUGUGAUAACAUCUUGAAAUUUGGAGACACGAUAAAUGUUCUUAGAUAAAGAUUACUUCACUCUGUUUGUGUUUGAACGAAGCGCCAACGCCAGAAUUAAUACCGAGUAACUUUAAUCCCAAAGUUACGUGCUCAGAUCCAUUCCUCAUCACGUAUGCAUCGUAUUGUUUAUCGCAAUAAAAUCACAUAAAUACAAAUAACGCAAAAGUCAUAUUGUCAUAUACGUUCCAAAAAACUUCUAUCAAAAUGGUUAAAUAUUUUGAAAGUAGUACAGUAUUCCAAUUCAGUUGGGAACAAGUUGCUCAAGGUUACUGGCAUCGCUAUCCAAAUCCUCACAGCACCCAUGUCUUAUCCGAGGAUACGAUAUCAAGAGAAGUGAAGAACAAUAAACUAUAUUCGAAGAGACUUUUAACAAAAACAAACAGAGUGCCAAAAUGGGGUGAACGGUUUAUUAGUAAGAAUGUCGUGAAAAUUGUGGAAGAAAGUGUAGUCGACCCAAAAAAGAAAACCUUGACUACUUACACGAGAAAUUUGGGAUACGCCAAAGUUAUGAGCGUCAUUGAAAAGGUUGUGUACAAGGUGUCCGACGAGAAUCCUAAAUGGACGGUGGCUGUAAGAUCGGCCUGGAUCGACAGUCAAGUUUACGGAUUCAGCCGGGCGAUUCAGGCCUUUGGAAUGGACAGAUUUAGAAAGAACUGUGCAAAAAUGUCGGGUGGAUUCAAUUACGUUUUGGCUCACAUGUUUCCGGGAACCGCGGAAUAUAUGAAUCCCAGCCUGGUGCAAAUGGGAUACAUAGAUAAGACGGAGCAACCAUCCAUAGCGAAGUUGACACAUGCUGCGGGUGAUAUCCAGCAUUCGUUCCACGAUAAGGCUGAGAAGAUGAAAGAUGCUGCCAAGAAGGCGACCGAUCUUGCCAAGCAAAAGGCUGGACCAAUUUAUGCGUCUUGUCAGCCAAGUCAGUCCUAAUGGUAUUAUUCGAUAAGUCUAUACGAACGUGUAUAAAAAUUAAAUCACACCGCAUGAUAAAAUAUACAUGUGUGAAAUAAGUCUGCAUUUUCGAUGCGUCGAUACUGAUGUUCAAUAACUGCAAUGCAAUUGUUUCUAGUAGUUUACAGGGAAUAGAAUUGUAUAGAUACGCUUAGAAGUACGUCCGAACAGUGUUUGUGAAUUGUAUGAAUGUUAUAUAUCCUGUGUUACGAUUCCACGAGAUACAGUACAGUAUAUUAUUAAUUUCAAAUUCAGAUUAGGUAUAACUAACCAUUCAUAAUGAUGUUUCGAAAGACAUUGUCUAAAAUCUUAUUUUUUCACAAGCAUCAUUCGUUUCUGAUGUCAUUCUUUCUUUUGUUUUUCAUCUAUGUUUCUUUUUUCUUAUACAAUUGCAAACUGAAUACCGAUGUGUUCUCAUUGGCAAGAAUUUAUGUGUAAGUGUACAUAUAAAAGUCUUAAUUCGCGUGUAUGGCCGACAUACGCAUUUAAAGAUUGGAUUUUAUUGAUCGUUUUUGAUUCAUUGUAAAUAUUUCGAGGUACAGUUUGAAAAAAAAAAACAAUCGCUAUGUAAUAACUAUAUAAGAAUCAAUCAU